GGGGGGCUGCGGGCGCGAGGGUCCGCUAGUAUUGCACACGAAGCUGAUUAGGAAGAGCCUCGCAGAGCAGGGCUCAGCCUGAGCUACCCUUUGUCUGGGUUGGGGGCCCGUGGCAGGGAGGACCGAGGAUCGAGGGGUGGGACCGGGACAGGACGGAAGGGCCCGGAGCAGCGGCCACCGCAGCGGAGCCAAUUUGGGAGCGGGGGUCCAGCUGAACCCAGGAGCUGCCCGGAAUGGUGGCAGUCACCUUGCCAGUGCAGCAGGCAUGGACCAGACUGCAAGCUAGGGGAACAAGGCAUCAGUCUGGAAGAGGGGACACACAUCUAGGCUUGAGGCCCCUUCAUCGGGAUGUCCCCAGGCCCCCCAACCCAGGCCCAGCAUAAAGGCCGUGUGGGGGGGCCCCCCUGACCCAAGGGGGGCUUCAUGCGCCACGUGCAGGCGGAGCCGUCUCCAUCCUCAGAGCCAGAGGCUGGCCCUUCACAGCCUCCAGUCAGACAGGGGACCCUCCAGGGUGGCCUGCUCAUGGGCUACAGCCCAGCAGGGGGGGCAGCAUCCCCCGGGGUCUACCAGGUAUCCAUCUUUUCCCCUCCAGCUGGUGCCUCUGAGCCUCACAGGGCUCUGAAGCGGCCGGCCCCACCUACUGAGGGUCCCCGGGAGCUGAAGAGAGGCCCUGGGCUGGGGGCCAGAGAGGGAUUACCCCCUGAAGAACCAUCUACUGUGGGGCUAUUGGCCCCAGAGGGACUGGGUCUGGGACUGGGUGUGGCCAGCCAGCAUUUCUCCCAUCAUGGCCUCUGUGUUGUGGAACAGGGAGGUAAUGCCACCUCACCUUGGACUUCAGGGGCCCGAAGACCCCCCUGGCUCCCAUCAAAUGCUUCCUGCAAUACUUUGCACACCAGAGACUGGGCUUCCCCAGAUCCAGGGGGACAGGGGUCCCUGGGGGAGUCUCCAGGGCCAGCCCCUUCAGGCCAGCUGCACACACUUGACACUGAUUUGCACAGUCUUGCACAAAUAGGGGGUAAGAGCCCAGUGGCUCGGGUGGGCAACGGGGGAAGCCCCUGGCCUAGGGAGUCCCCUGGCACUGCCAAUGGGCACAGUCCCGAGCACACACCCCCUGGCCCUGGACCUCCAGGCCCCUGCCCUACCAAGCGAAGGCUGCUUCCUGCUGGAGAAGCCCUGGAUGUCAGCUCUGAGGAUGAGGGGCCAGCCCCUCGGAGGCGCCGGGGAACCCUGGGCCACCCUCCUGCUGCCAACUGUUCUGAUGCCAAAGCCACACCCUUCUGGAGCCACCUGCUGCCCGGGCCCAAGGAGCCUGUUUUGGACUCAAGAGACUGCAGUCCCGUGGGGCGGAGGCUGAAAGGUGCCCGUCGCCUGAAGCUGAGCUCCCUUCGAAGCCUCCGGAAGGGACCAGGCCUGCUGAGCUCCCUCAGUGCCUCCCCUGUUCCUACCCCUGCUGUCAGCCGUACCCUGCUGGGCAACUUUGAGGAAUCAUUGUUGCGAGGACGCUUUGCACCAUCUGGCCACAUUGAGGGCUUCACAGCAGAGAUUGGAGCUAGUGGGUCCUACUGUCCCCAGCAUGUCACGCUGCCUGUCACUGUCACCUUCUUUGAUGUUUCUGAGCAAAAUGCCCCGGCCCCCUUCCUGGGUGUCGUGGACCUGAAUCCCCUGGGGAGGAAGGGUUACAGCGUGCCCAAGGUGGGCACCAUUCAAGUGACCUUAUUUAACCCCAACCAGACUGUGGUGAAGAUGUUCCUUGUGACCUUUGACUUCUCGGACAUGCCUGCUGCCCACAUGACCUUCUUGCGCCAUCGCCUCUUUUUGGUGCCUGUGGGUGAGGAGGGAAAUGCUAGUCCCACCCACCGCCUCCUCUGCUACUUGCUGCACCUCAGGUUCCGGAGCUCCCGCUCAGGCCGAUUAAGCCUACAUGGAGAUAUCCGCCUGCUUUUUUCCCGACGGAGCCUGGAGCUGGACACAGGGCUCCCCUAUGAACUGCAGGCCGUAACUGAGGCCCCCCACAAUCCACGUUAUUCUCCUUUUCCCUGAUUGCCAGUGCUCUGAACCUAGGUGGGCCAAAAGCCUGCCCAUCCUGCUCCAUCCUGGACAGAGUAAACACGUGGAGAAAUGGCGAAAACCCCUUAGGAUUGAAUUAAAGUCCUCACCACGCUCA